UGUAUCAUGCAUCUCAUGCUUAGCUUAUUCAAACCAAGCAAUAAAUAAAGCAUAUUUCAUCAAUCAUGAUGAUGUCUUCAUCAGCAGCAGCUCCUUCCAGUUAUCGAAACCCUAAUUCAAUUCCAGCAGUAGUAAAGAGAAAGCGAAGUCAACCAAGAAGACCAGAUCCAGAGGCAGAAGUAAUAGCUCUAUCGCCAAAGUCGCUGAUGGUGACGAACCGUUUCGUGUGCGAGAUAUGCAAGAAAGGGUUCCAGAGGGACCAGAACCUGCAGUUGCACCGGCGAGGGCACAACCUGCCAUGGAAGUUUCGGCAAAGGGAGAAGGAGGUGGUAGUGGUAGACGUGGGGUGAAUGAGGGAAUUUGGGGGAGU